AUGGGCCGCCCCGGGGUCGAGGCCCCAGCCUCCCCGGCCGGAGGGCGCCCGGGCCCCGGCUGCGGCGAGGCCUCCGGCGGGAGAGACCGGUCCUCCCAGGACGCCCGGGCUGCGCUCCUCCCAGCCGGGGUUCCGCACUCGUGUAACCGCCGGACAGAGUCCCCGCCGGGGCGGCCCAGCCCCCGCCGGGAGGUGCGCAGUGUCGCCUCCAGCGAAGUCCCCGGCGGCGGGGUCCACGCGCAGGCCACCCUCGCGGGCGCGGAGAGCCCGUUUUUUGAGAUCAAAGCUCAGCUCAUGGGCACCGAGCUGGCCAUGGACUUUGCAGUCCAGGGUACAAUCGCCACCUUCGAGGAGCACCCUGGCGACACAUCUUUCAAGGAGAGAGGAGUCAAGUUCAUGUGCUUACACAGAAUCCCCAAGAGUGCCCUAAAGCACAAGUUUGACAGUUGUUUUUCAGCGCGGGUCAUGUAUGAUUUCGCCGCUGAACCUGGAAAUAAUGAGCUGACCGUCAAUGAAGGAGAAAUCAUCACCAUAACAAAUCCAGAUGUUGGCGGAGGCUGGCUGGAAGGCAAGAACAGCAGAGGGGAGCGAGGCCUCGUGCCCACAGACUACGUUGAAAUUUUACCAGCUGAUGGAAAAGAUCCAUUCUCUUGUGGGAAUUCCGUGGCUGACCAAGCCUUCCUUGACUCGCUCUCGGCCAGCACAGCUCAAGCCAAUGCGUCCGCGGCCACCAGUAACAAUCAGGUCAGUGGAGGCAGUGACCCCUGGUCCUCAUGGGGUGCAUCCAAACCUGGGAACUGGGAGGGCACAGACGGCUGGGGAGCCAAGCCCGAGGGUGCCGCCGCCCAGAGAAACUCCAACAACUGGGACGCCGCCUUUGGCCACCCGCAGGCCUACCAAGGACCAGCAACGGGUGACGAUGACGACUGGGAUGAAGACUGGGAUGAGCCCAAGUCCACGUCCUCACCUUACUUCAAGGACACGGAAUCCGCAGACGCAGCGGGUGCCCAGCGAGGGGUCAGCCGGGCCGGGACGUCGUCCAUGAAGCUGCCGCUGAACAAGUUUCCUGGAUUUGCAAAGCCUGGGCUGGAGCAGUAUCUGUUGGCCAAGCAGCUAGCGAAGCCCAAAGAGAAGAUUCCCAUCAUUGUUGGAGAUUAUGGCCCCAUGUGGGUUUACCCUACCUCUACGUUUGACUGUGUGGUGGCUGAUCCCAAGAAAGGCUCCAAGAUGUACGGUCUGAAGAGCUACAUCGAGUAUCAGCUGACGCCCACGAACACUAACCGAUCGGUUAACCACCGGUAUAAGCACUUUGACUGGUUGUAUGAGCGUCUCCUGGUGAAGUUUGGGACGGCCAUUCCCAUCCCUUCCCUUCCAGAUAAGCAGGUGACAGGUCGCUUUGAGGAGGAGUUCAUCAAGAUGCGCAUGGAGAGGCUCCAGGGGUGGGUGACCCGCAUGUGUCGUCACCCCGUCAUCUCCGAGAGCGAGGUCUUCCAGCAGUUCCUCAACUUCCGGGACGAGAAGGAGUGGAAGACCGGAAAGAGGAAGGCAGAAAAGGAUGAGCUGGUGGGACUGAUGGUGUUUUCCACCAUGGAGCCCGAGGCCCCCGACCUGGACUUGGUGGAAAUAGAGCAGAAGUGUGACGCCGUGGGCAAGUUCACCAAAGCCAUGGACGACGGUGUGAAGGAGCUGCUGACCGUUGGCCACGAGCACUGGAAGCGCUGCACAGGACCAUUACCCAAGGAGUACCAGAAGAUAGGCAGGGCCCUGCAGAGCCUGGCCACCGUGUUCAGCUCGAGCGGCUACCAAGGUGAAACAGAGCUCAAUGAUGCGAUAACAGAAGCAGGAAAGACCUAUGAAGAAAUCGCCAGUCUCGUGGCUGAGCAGCCAAAGAAAGAUCUCCACUUCCUAAUGGAAUGCAAUCAUGAAUAUAAAGGUUUCCUGGGCUGCUUCCCCGACAUUAUUGGCGCUCACAAGGGAGCAAUAGAGAAAGUGAAAGAAAGUGAUAAGCUGGUGGCCGCCAGUAAGAUCACCCCGCAGGACAAGCAGACCAUGGUGAAGCGGGUUGGCACCAUGUCCUACGCGCUGCAGGCCGAGAUGAACCAUUUCCACAGUAACCGGAUCUAUGAUUACAACAGCGUCAUCCGCCUCUACCUGGAGCAGCAGGUGCAGUUCUACGAGACGAUCGCGGAGAAGCUGAGGCAGAUGCUGGUCACCUUAUUUACGUCAUUUUUCCACACAGCCCCCCUGGUGGACCACAAGCACCUGACGCUUGCAUGUGGUCAACCGGACAACGGCUUGGAAGAGCUACAUCAGGGGCGUUCUCUACAGCAUGAAGGGUCUAGAAGCCAGGCUCCACCUCGGCAGCUGAUGAAGUGA